AUGGUUGAGGGCUUCGAGCUCCGGGCCCGGCGACUAGCCGGAUGGCGUGCCGAGCUUUGCUCCCACACCGGCGAAAGCGUCCCCGGGGCUCUCUUGCCGCACUUCACCUCGUGGCGGGAGCGGCGGUUUGGCAGGCUCUCCUACCGAGCGACGCAGGUAUUCACCGGGCAUGGCUGCUUCGGUAUCUACCUGUGUCGCAUCGGGCGGGAAACGACGACGGUGUGCCACCAUUGUGGCGCUGAGGAGGACUCGGCGCAGCACACGCUGGGGGAAUGUCCCGCCUUUUCAGCGCUGCGCCGAGUCCUAAAACGGGUAGUCGGCCACGACCUCGCACUCUCCAGCCUAGUUGGGGCCAUGCUGGAGAGCCCGAGGAAGUGGGCGGCUGCAAUCUCUUUCUGCGAACAG